UCCAACUGUUCCCAGUGCCAUUUCUGAAACCCCAAUCCGUGAGGAGACGACGAAGACGAGAGAGCUGCUAUAGUGUGCAUCGAGAGAGAGAGAGAGAGAAGAAGAAGAAGGAUGGGGAAGACACCGGUGAGGAUGAAGGCGGUGGUGUACGCGCUGUCGCCGUUCCAGCAGAAGGUGAUGCCGGGUCUCUGGAAGGAUCUGCCCGGAAAGAUCCACCACAAAGUCACCGAGAACUGGAUCAGCGCCACCCUCCUCCUCGCUCCUCUCGUCGGCGUCUACACGUAUGUCCAGAGCUACCAGGAAAAGGAGAAGAUGGAACAUAGGUACUGAAGGCAUGGGUGAAGUCAAGUGCUUCAAGUGAAGAGCAUUUUUUAUUUACUGGCAAAUAAGAAGCCUGUUAUGAUAAUUGACUGCAGUUGCUGUCAUGGAACUUUUGCACCUUUUAUCAAUUCAUUUCCAGAUACUAGUUACUCAAGUUUCAAAUUCAUGUUUUGCUGCUACUUAUCGCUUUGAAACGUUUAUGUUUGUCUAGUUGUUUGAAUGGAUGUGAUGUCUAGUUUUGAAUCAA